UACAACAUGGCAGCUUCCAUGAGGUUGAAAUCGAUGAAAUAUUUCUAGUGGAUCAAAAAGCUGUUUUUAAUUAAUUGUUAUUGCAACUGGAACAGAAAUCAAUAUGGAGAUUGAUGCUUCAUACAACAAAGAUAUUGAAUCAAUACGUCAGAGGGAAUUCCCUAACCUCAGAGGAGAAACGUAUAUAGAACAUGUUGGGACAACUCUGUAUGCCAGGAGUCAAAUGGAGGCUUUCCAGCACGACCUCCUUGAAAACCUUUAUGGAAAUCCCCAUAGCAACAGUCCGAGCAGUUGCCUAGCAACAGAUGUUGUUGAUCAAGUACGAUACAGGAUACUUCAGCACUUUAAUACAAGCCAGGAGGAAUACAGUGUUGUUUUUACAUCUGGAUGUACCGGGGCUUUAAAACUACUGGCAGAGACAUUCACCUUUGACCCCUUCUCCAGUAGCAACCAAAAUAACAGUAUUUCACUUAAUUCCGAAAAUCCUAAAAGAGUUAUGGGCUCCUUCAUUUACUUGUUGGACAAUCACACUUCAGUGCAAGGCAUGCGCGAAACCAUGGCAACCAGGACAGGGGUCAUUUAUUGUCUUGACACAUCCAUGCUUGAUUGUGAUCUCGACAUCAAAAAAGAAAACAAAGGUCUCAUUUAUAAGACAGAACAUUGUGAACCCGGAGGAAACAAUCUGUUUGCGUUUCCUGCACAGUCCAAUUUCUCUGGCACUAAAUAUCCACUUGCCUGGUUAGGUAAGGCACAUUGUGGUCAGUUCUGUUUCCAAAAACAACUCACUGGUCAGUGGUACACUGUCCUGGAUGCUGCAUCCUUAGUUUGUACAUCUAGCCUUGACCUUGGGAUUUACAAACCAGACUUUGUGACCAUAUCCUUCUACAAAAUGUUUGGGUUUCCGACAGGAAUUGGUGCUUUACUGGUUCGGAACCAAUCAGCACACGUGUUACAAAAGCAAUACUUUGGUGGAGGGACAGUAGAAGUUAGUACAGCUCAGGAAAACUUCAGGGUUUUCCGAAAAAACCUCUCCGACAGAUAUGAGGAUGGCACCAUACCAUUUUUAGAUAUAAUUGCUCUCCGCCAUGGUUUUGACGCCUUAGAUAGAAUUGGAGGAGGUAUUCAGAAGAUCUCCCAGCAUGCUUUUACCAUUGCUCAAUAUUUUCAUCACAAUCUGUCAUCCCUUCACCAUGGCAACGGGCGACCCUUGGCCGACAUCUACUGUGAGGGGAACUUUGAUGACAUUCAAACUCAAGGGCCAAUAGUUAACUUUAACCUGAGGCGGGCUAAUGGAGAUUAUAUAGGAUUUGCGGAGGUUGAGAAGAUGGCACAGCUGUACAACAUUCAUCUAAGAACAGGGUGUUUCUGUAACGUAGGAGCGUGUCAGAAAUACCUCGGCCUCUCAUCAAAACAGGUCAAAGAUAAUUUUCAGGCCGGCCACAGGUGUGGGGACAACAGGGAUCUGAUUGAAGGGCUUCCCACAGGGUCUGUCCGAGUAUCAUUUGGCUAUCCCUCCAUUCUGAAAGAUGCACAGAUCUGUUUGAAUUUCAUAGUUGCAUGCUUUCAAGAAAAAUCUGGAGAAAAAUUCAACUUUCAGAAUAUGUCUCUCAAAGAUUUCCGUUGCCACAGUUAUGAUCAUACAUCACAUACGACAUCAGGGACAAGUGAACACACCACAUGUUUGGACAGCUCAGAGUCUGAUUUCUCUUCAGAGGAGGAAUUCAUAGACUGCCAAUCAGAAACAGUGUGCCAUAAACAAUCUGAUCAAUCAGGAUGUCUGUCACUGUCACCCUUGGAAAUGGAUCAUAUCUUAGAAAGCUGUAAUGAACACACCAGAAGACUUACCGGUAUCAUGGUAUACCCUGUAAAAUCCUGUGGGGCAAUGGAGGUAAAAGAAUGGCAGUUAGGAGAACGAGGGCUUCUGUACGACCGUGAAUGGAUGAUUGUCUCAGAGAGCGGUGUCGUAUUGAGUCAAAAAAGGGAGACAAAUCUGUGUCUGAUCCAACCAACUUUAGACAUGCUAGAACCAACAUUAAAACUAGAAUAUCCUGAGAUGCCAGCAUUUCACUUGCCCUUGAAUAGUAACACACACCAAAGUCCUAUAGAAUUCUGUCCCAGUAAAGUCUGUGGAGAUAGUCCGAUAGAGGUAGGAAACACACACCAAAGUCCUAUAGAGGUCUGUACCAGUAAAGUGUGUGGAGAUAGGGUCAAUGGGAUAGACUGUGGGGAUGCUGUUGCAGACUGGAUUAGUGUGGCACUUCAGAGAUCUGGAUGUCGGUUAAUCAAACAGACCAAGACAGACCAACGCACCAGUAAGCUGAAGGAUUCCACCCAAGCCAGCUGUAAGGCAGCGUGUAGUUUAUCACUAGCUAAUGAAUCACAGUAUCUGCUGAUAUCUCGUAAAAGUGUUCAGGUGUUACGAGACAGAAUCCUGGAGCGACAUUUGGAGGAGGAUUCUUCUGCAGUAGACAGUCAAGAUAUACCAGGUAUAUCAAACUUAGUUGGUCGUUUCCGUGGUAAUCUCAUUAUAUCUGGAGGCCAGGCGUUUGAGGAGGAUUCAUGGAAUAGCAUUGAGAUUGGCGAGAAUACUUUUUUUAGUCAAGGAGAAUGUGGCAGGUGUCAGAUGAUCUGUGUGGAUCAGUCAACAGGUCAGAGAGGUCUGGAACCCCUAAAGUCCCUAGCAUCAUGGAGGGGCAGGAAGGUGCCCUUUGGUAUCCACCUACAGUCAGUGACAAGCACAUCAAGUGGAAAGUUGAGAGUCGGAGACACUGUUUGUGUGCUAACACAAAAAUAGCCAAAAUAUUUGUUUCUGAAACCAUUUGUUUACACAGUUGUGAUAUUAACCAGUUUAAGUUAUUGCUAGUCCAGAGACAAUACUGCCAUACACAUAGAAGAUUCGAAUCUACAUGUUUGUGUAUAAACGUUUUGGAAUGUAUCGUAUACGAGGUGUUUUAUACAGUGUGUUAAGUAACCUGUCAUUAGCUAGACACUGAAUCAGUUUAUCAGAGAUAUGUAUGUAUAUAACUGUCUGUGAACAUGUUACACCAUCUAACCGGUCUAACAUUAUAGUAACAUACUGGUAUUGGGGUUGUUUCAGAGAAGUCCUGGGUAAAAAAUGUUAAUUAGUGGUGUUUAUUGCAAGUAUCAGUUUUAGCAAUUAACAAUGUACUAUCCUUAAUCAAAAGUUUAAAGCAUCAGUUUUAGCUGUAUAAAGUUGAAACCUGGUCAAUCAAGAGUUUAUAGAAUCAAUUUUCACUGUGUACAGUUGAAACCUGGUCAAUCAAGAGUUUAUAGAAGCAGUUUUACUGUGUACAGUGGAACCAAGUUUAAUCAGAAGUUCAAAAUUCAGAAAUUUAGAAUGAUUUAUUUAAAUUCUGUAUAGUGGAACCUAGUCAGGAAAUGAUUUUAUAUCUAUUUGUUUGUUAACAAUGAUUUUAUGCAAUUUAAAAUAAUGUUCUUUAUAUUUGAGGACGUCCUCAUGUGGCCACAGGUUCACAAGAUACAUACAGAUCUAUUACAAACAUGUAUGUAGCUAGAUUUACUAUUAUAAACAUAUAUAUCAAUAUAUCAUAUAGACUAGAAAAUGGUGGUUUAUGAAGAUACAUUAGUUUUCUUUUUACAAAAUAGUUUAUAUAUUGUUGUAUUGCGAUAUACAUUCAUAACUACUAAAUAAGGUAUUAUGAUUUAUUUUUUAUAUCAAUAUGUCAUUGGAAGGUUUUAUAAUCAGAGAUGUUCAUAUAUUCCGUUUUUUAUAUUGCUUUAUUUUUACACAUUUAUUCACCACU